CUUGACAGUUUGCUGUUUGACACGGUUGUUGAACUUUUCGUAAUUUCGUUUUCGUGUUGUACUUGUAGUUAUUAAAAAUUGUAAUCUAAAUUCUUCUUGUUCAUAUGUUAAUUAUUUAUAUGUAUUGUCCCAUUCUCAUGUGAAAACAACUAAUUAUGGAAAAUAUUGCAACGCCAGUAAACGAAGAAUUUUUAAGUAAUGGAGAAAUCGAAUGGCAACCUCUUUCUCUUACUUUGGUUGAAUAUCCAAAGGGCGAUUUGUUAGGCAAGUUUUUUGCCUUCACAAGUUUAGCUCCGUUUGGAAUUGGCGCUGGCUUUGUUACUCUAAUUUUAUUUCGGAGAGAUUUGCACACAAUAGCAUUCUUCAUUGGAACCCUUAUCAAUGAAGUGUUGAAUAUAGUAUUGAAACAUAUAAUCUGUGAGUCCAGGCCAUUGAUCAGAGGGCACUUGUAUAAUGAAUAUGGAAUGCCAUCGUCACACUCUCAGUUUGUGUGGUUCUUUAGCAUAUAUGUCCUUUAUUUUUUCAUUAUAAGGUUGCAUCAUAUAAACAAUAACAGCAUAAUAUCUGCACUGUGGAGAAUCAUUAUAGUAGGUAGCUGUUUUACUCUUGCUUUAAUUGUAUGCGCGGGAAGAGUGUAUCUUCACUACCACACAACAGCGCAAGUAGUUGUUGGUGGUAUUGUGGGAUUUGUAUUUGCCACCAUAUGGUUUACGGUGGUCCAUAGAAUAUUAACACCAUUAUUCCCUCAGCUGGUAUCCCUUAAAGUGUGUGAAAUGUUGAUGAUACGGGACACUACACUGAUACCCAACGUGCUAUGGUUCGAGUACACGACGUCGCGGCAGGAAGCGAGGACACGCGGCCGCAAGCUGGCCGCCCUUAAGCCUACCCAAUGACGGUACGAAUGCGCGCGCGCGCCGUGCGCCAGUGGCCACGCCCGGCUGCGCGCGUGACGCUUCCUCGCAGCGGGGGUCAUCGCUCUACUGGGCGGCUUCAUCAUAUCCAGACUAGAGCCAUGCUCAAUAUUAACGCAUUGACACAUAUUAUUUGUUUUAUCUAAGAUUGACGAACUUUUUAGAACAUAAACUACCCCGAGUAUAUCGCUGCAGGUGUGGCUUAACUAGACACGUGUGAAGCGCGCUUAAGUGUUUUACGAAAACCUGUAGAAAUAUUAUAAGUAUAAGUAAUAUAAUAAGUUACGUUUUUAAUAAAAUUCAAAAUUUACUGCAUAAAAAAUAAAAAAAUAGAUGAUGGAAUCAAGCUUUCACAUUUCCCAGGUCGAAAAAAAAUCAAACUGGUACACAUGCAACAAUAUUUGAUGCGCCGCUACCUGCAGCGAUAUUGUGGAAAAUAUCAUUAUGUAUAAUCCAACAUGCAAAAAAAAGUGCGUCUAGCAUGUUGUGUCUGCUGUGGCUUUAAAAUUUGCAUUCUGCCUUAAUUCGACGUGGUAACCCUCAUUAGCAUUACAUAUUGGGAGAUUUCGAGAUCUUCUAAGAAUGCAACGUCCGUCCACCGUACGUCCGAGCCGAGCCGGUUUGAGCAAGACUUGUAGACGCAGUAUGCGAUUUUAAACCUCUGCGGACGCAGUUUAGACGUGCUAAUGUGGCCUUCGCUUAAGACAAAUAUAUUUAUAAAGGUGUUGCAUAGAAAAAGUUCUAGCGCUUUUGUAUUUGUAUACCUUUUCAUGGAGGAAAUGGACGUCGUAAAAAUUAUAACGGCUUGCAUACGCCAGCCAUCAGCAGGUUUGCAGCGCGUUUAAGCCUAGUUUGGACUACUUUAGCAUUUUAGUCGAGUAGCGUAACUAAACUACUUGCUGAAAAUUGCGAAAAUGGACGACGAAGUGUUUCUUCGCUCCAGCGAAACGUCAAUUAUGAUUUUAGGAGCAACGAAUGAACUUGACUAACUCGCCAAGUUCGGACUUGUUUAGUCGAUGAACCAGUGAGCGUGGACGCGUGGUGGGAGGCGCUGCUCGCCCGUUUAAAUAAUUAAAAUGGAUUGACUCGAGUAAACUAUUUACUAACGUACUCGACUACAUUUUUUGUGUUUGGACACGUUUAGCAGCUAAAUUUUACGCUACUCGACUAAACUGCUAAAGUAGUCCGAACAAGUCUUAAUGCCUAGUUCGGACUACUUUAGUAUUUUAUCCGAGUAUUAACAAUCUAAAUCAAAAUCUAAAUCAAAAAUCAAGUAAAAACAAACAACAAGCGACUAAAAUACUAAAGUCCGAACUAUGUCUUAGGGAUAUGGGCAGUAAAAAACAUUGAUUAUUGGUAUAAUAUGAUUAAGGUUUUGAGAUUUUUUCACUGAACACAACCCUAAUCUGUACAGUAACUUGGUCGUAUGUGACUGUCGUUAAAUAAAACUACAAUGUAUAAAGAUUUGAAGAUACUUAAAGUAUCUGACUUCUAUUAAGCUUUUUGCGUUUUACUAAGCUUUAGCUUGAGAAUAGUAAUUACAUUUAUAAAAAAAACAAUUGAUUACGUAUAUUAAUUUCCUAAUUAUUAGGUACAUUUUUAAAAGUAACUCGGUUUAUAUUUAUUAUUAAUAUAAUAUGUAUGUUUACAAUAUUGUCAGGUCUUAAAUAAAUACUGUAAAGCAGAGUCAUAAUUAAUGGAAUGUGGAUUAUUAAUAAAUCGUUUAAGGAUAUUCAUAAAUGUCAUGUAAUAGUGUAUAUUGUGUCCUAGUAUAAUAUAAUUAAGUAGUUAAAAAAAAUACAUAUUUUUUCCAGUUUUCCAGUUAUUAUUGUAAAUUGCUAUGAUGUUUUAUACAUAUAUAAGUACAACUUAUUAUAUUAGUUAAUACUGUAGAGUAUUUUAGGCUCUAGGUGAUCUUAGCUGUAAUUUUUUACGAACUAUUUAUUAAUGAUAUAAAAUUCUUCCGAAACCAAUGCCUGUAAUUAUGUGAAAUAUUUAUGUCAACCAGUUAACUUAAUCAAUGCUUCAUUUAUUAUUUAUAAAUAAAUAAAUCUACCAUAUUUCAUGAGUUAUACGAAGUAUUAAUAAAAUGUAAUCGAAGAAAUACUCAUAGCUUUUGCAUUUAAGCAAGUCUCCAUAAAUGGGACACACGGACACACUUAUAGGUAGCUUGUUAUGACACGUAAUACUGUAAACAAAAUUGAAUUUACAUCUCUAAAAGCAGUGUAGUAUUGAUUUAUAGACAAAAGGUCUAUCUCUAUGACCCGAGUAUAUUAUUUAAUGAAACUUGUUGACGAAAACUGGCUCGUUAGUCCAAUGGUUAGCCUAUGUGGCUUUGCAUCACGAAGACUUGGGUUCGAAUCCUGGGGUCGGUUCAUUGAACACCUAUCUACUGAGCUAAGAAGUCAGUGGGGUUACACCGCCGUCUCUCGGAAAACAGCUCAGAUUAAUUACAUAAGGAUCCUCCUCGCUAAAUAUUACUUUUCUGUCAAAGUAUAUGAUCAAUGAUCUAAUGCGAUUAUAAAAGCUGUCUCUAUAGAAUCGAUGUUUCUUAGUUGUAAUCUUGUUCGUCGCUUAAAGAACUCCAUAAUACCUUUUUGUGUAGUUGAAUGGUGUAAAAAACGGUCAACAAUUUCUAGUUUUUGCUACAAGAUUUGCUAUUUGUAUAAAUGAUAUAUGAAUUUAUGGACGUAAAAUAUAUUCAUUAUAGAUUUUAGAAUUCAACAUAUCUUAUUAAUUUAUCAUGUACUAUCAUAUACCUCACUUUCAAUAAUAUUUUUGUCUUCCGAUAUUUUUUGCAAAAUAAAUUACUUAGUCUGUCAGUUUUAACUGUACAGUUUUUUCUAAUGACAUUGAUUGAAAUUUCGAUUAGAGAAAACUGUACAAUUCAAACUGAAUGUCUGUAGCGCGGGUAAGGUGCGCAUCAAGAGAUGACAAGAUAAUUUUGUCGUAAGAAAUGGUGGACGGAAAGAAAGUGACUACAAGUCUGUCUGACAUCCAAAAAUAAAAAAAAACAUCACGUUAUCAUAGGGGAGCUGAACUAAAAAUUAACUAUAAAUGAUUUAAAUAUAUGAGUACAUAAUAUAAAAAUAAAAAUAAUGAAGCAUGAAUUUAAAAAUUUGGAGCCUUAUACCUAACUAUAGCAAAUAAUAGAUUAGAGAAGCAAGUCGUAACAUAUAAUUCUCAUAAUAAAAUUAGUUUAAUGUCAUGCUAGGAAACGGUUUAGUGUUUUAGUAUUUAAAUUACAUUUACUAGUUAAAUUUUGUACUAGAGCAAGAUCAUAGUUGGGAUUUGAGAGAAAAACUCUAAAAUCCCUACUUUGUAACACGAUAUACGAUCUUGUGUUAUAAAAUGUACUAUUGAAGGCAAUAAAUACAUAGGGAUCAAUAACUACUAUAUUAAUUAAAAUAUGUAUAAAAUAGUAACAACGCUAGCACUAAUACUAAAACUGAGAAAUGUAUUACUUAAGUUAAAUUACUUUAUGUGGUACAUGUUGUACAUAAUAAAAUCAAAGAACUGUAAAUAAUAUAAUCUUUCGAAUUAUGCUCUGCAAUAAAAUAUUAUAAUGCAUUUAAUUAUUUUCUGUAUUACAAUUUAACUUACUAAGAUCGUUGAAAAGUUAAUUAAAUUGAAUUUAAAUCAUUAGAUAUUAUUAAAAAAAAUUGCGGGAUAUAUUGAAAGCAAUUUAAAAAUAUUUUAUUAGUAGUUUCAAUUGUAACAGAGUUUAACUAGGUUAAAAUUUAGAUAAUAGAGUUUGGCUGAUGAAAGAAGAGACUGAAAUCGCCCGCUAAAAUCAUUUAAAAAAAUUAAAAAAACAGGCAUUUUCAUAAUUUUUUUGUUUGUGAAUUCAUUGCUACCUAUACUAUAAGAAUUGAACUCAGUUACAUAUUCCAAUAUUUGCACUAUAAUUUUAAGAAUUUACUCCGAUUUUUUUUUUAAUUUGGCGGGCGAUUUCAGUAUCUAUUUUCAAUAGCCAAACUCUAGUGUAGAAUGAUUUUGUUUUUAUUGAUUGUUUUUAUUGGCAGCAUGGAUAUAAUGUAAAGAACUAACAAGAUGGUUUAGUUGUAAUAUCGUACCCAUACAGUCAGGAGCACCGACUUCAUUUAUUAAGGUGCUCAUCACUUAUCACAUAAUUGCUAUAUUUGAUUCCAAACAAAAACUCUAUAAACCGAUUGGGUACAUUACAUACAGCGUGAUUCGGACUUUAGUACCGAUAUUUUUUUUCGUGGUUCUGUAUCAUUAAUAGAACAUAAAUCUACAAACAGUUCGAUACAUUUUAUGUAAUAUUUUUUUUUCAAUUUAUGUCUCAGAAAUAACAAAAUAAUGGACACAUUACCAAACAAACUGCGCAACUGCUGGCGGCACUUUGCAAGACGCCGACAAAGAAAUACCGGCCGUAGGCAUAUCGCUUCGACUACGGCUGACGGGGGUGGCAGAGGUGAGGGGAUCGAAAAAUCCCUGAAGACGCCUACCGAAUUGCCGAUGGGCGACCAGUGACAGACAAUCUGCCGUCGCGUGCGCAUUUAAGUUACCUAAUUAAUAAAUCGCAUGUGCAAGCCACUAUGUCGGGAUUUUCAAAUCGCGAAUAUUACGAAAUGAUGCGACUGUAUUAUGUUCCUAGGUUACGAGCCCAAGGAAUCCUGAACCCCGCAGUGCCUAAUGUGAGGAACAAGUGUUUUCAAAAGUUUGCGUAAUAAUAAUCAUCAUUUGUAUUUCAUUAUUUCAAUGGAAAGUUCAUAGGUUCAUAGAUAGUUCAUUAUUAUUACGCAUGCACUUCAGGCAUUAUUGAUGGUCCUAAGCCCAAUAAAGUAUGAAGAGAAUAUCGGUACUCAGCUCAAAAGUGACGACCUUUAAUUAUUAUAAAAAAUAAUAGGUAUCAAACAAAAAUAAAAUAAACGCACAAAGGUCAACGGCCCUCGGCGCGGGCGCUCGCUAACCUACCUACCAGCUGAUUUUGUAUAAUUGCCUAUUACCUAGUACAGCGAUAGGGUGACCCUUAAAUUCUGUUUAAACGUAAAUAACUUUAGUUAACGAUAACUUUGUUAUUUUUGAGUUAAAGAAAAAAUACGUGUUCAUUAAAUUUUGUUUAUGUACAAAAUAUAAAAAUAUCUGUACUAAAAAAAAUUUCUUCCUGUAUAGGUAAAUUCUUUUAUAUUGUAGGUAGGUACUUACAAGUAUAAAGUCUAGUUGCCUAAGAUUAAGAUUAAAACAUUAUCACAAAACGGCCCUUGCUCUUCCGUAAUAUUUUAAAAAGUAAAAAUUUAUAAAUAUAGAUUAAAGAUGCGUCAACGCUUAGAAAGUAUAAUUAUUUUUCGAAAAUUGCAAUUAAGAAGUUCAUUGCUGGUCUGAAGUGCGUUGUCCGAAUCCGAAUGUUGUAUUCGCGCUCAUUUGCAUAACUUCAAAGCGAUAAAGUUAUUUGACACAAACUGUAUUCAUCGCUCGUAAUGGUCGUAAUACAACAUUAGCAGCAAAACUAAAAUAGUUAAUUUGUUUUUAAGUGUACCUUUUACUCAGCGAUUUAUUAUAGUCAUACAAAAUUAGUUAAUAUGUCCGUAACACGUCAGUUAAAAUUAGCUUGUGCGAGAAUUUUUGUUAAAUAAAUCGUCGCUUAAUUCAUAAGUUCUUUGAAAGAGCUAUUUCACUAGAAAUCUACUGGGUGUGCUCUGUAUCUAUACAAUUACAAGAUAAUGAUAGUAAAGUCACAUAUAAGGUUGUGUCUAGAUCGUAAGGUGUUGAAACAAUGAUACUCUUCCAUUUAUAACAAUUGUCGUUUUAUCAAAUGGAAUUGAUUUUUAUUAUAAUAUUGUUUACGUAAUUACGUAUUAACAUGUGGCAGUUUGGUUAGGUAUAUUAAUUCGUUAUCUAUUUGUACGCGUCAGAAGAUUACAAAGAAUACAAAGAUUACAGUCAGAAGUAAGGCCUAGUUCGGACUACUUUAGUAUUUUAGUCGACUAUGAGCAAUUUUUGGAUUUACCGCCCAAAAAUGGUUCGUACUCGACUAAUCUAUACUUAUAAUAAAUCUGUAGAGAGGUCAAUUCUGUACAUGAAAUACAUUUCCAAAAUAACUAUCAGGGGGUGAUUAGUGGGCGAUACUGAUGCCAAAAAUGCAAUCAGUAAAAUUUUUGUCUGUCUGUCUGUCUGUCUGUCUGUCUGUCUGUCUGUCUGUCUGUCUGUAUGUUCUUUAUAGAAACAAAAACUACUAGACGGAUUUUAACGAAACUUGGUAUAAUUAUUCUGCAUACUCCUGGGCAGGUUAUAGUAUACUUUUCAUCACGCUACAAUUAAUAGGAGCAGAGCAGUGAAGGGAAAUGUUAAGAAAACGGGAGAAGUUACUCAAUUUUUUAAGCUUCCGUCGCGUGGUAUGUUCGUUAUAGAAACAAAAACUACUCGUCGGAUUUUAACGAAACUUGGUACAAUUAUUUUGCAUACUCCUGGGCAGGUAAAAGUAUACUUUUCAUUACGCUACCGUCAAUAGGAGCAGCGCAGUGAAGGGAAAUGUUAAGAAAAUGGGAGAAGUUACUCCAUUUUUUAAGCUUCCGUCGCCGUCACAUGGUCCCUACCAUAGGGGUAGUAGGAUAGGGGUAGGGUAGGGGUAAGGUAGGAGUAGGGUAGGGGUAGGGUAGGGGUAGGCGUAGUAAUAAGGCUUUCACGCAGACGAAGUCGCGGGCGUCCGCUAGUACUAAAUAAUUUCGUAGAAACAGUAUAAGAUCCACAAAAUGGCGGCAAACAGUUGAUGAAGCAAGAUAGGUGUUGUUUACUGUCAAACUAUUAAAGAUUUGUUGGCAUUUUCAAAAAGUUGAAAUUAAUUAUCAUAAUAACUAAAACUCGAGAGGCGAGGAGAGCAGAGGUUUAUAAUACUCGUAAUAUUUUAAUGCUGGCAAUACAAUAUUAGUUAAUUGACAGUAACAAAUAUCACAGCAGCUCGUCGAAUGUGUAUCGGCCUUAACUGUAUGUACCUACUCGAUGUAUUUAAGAUUCUGCAACCAAAAAGUUACUGCAAUCCAAUGGAAUAAUCACUAAAUUAUUUUUGUUAUUAGAUACCUACUAGGUAUAUGUAUUUUCUCUUUGAAUUUGCUUAAUUAACAAUUGAAUAUGCAAUUUCGAAAAGGGUACAUAUCAGAUAUUCUGUACAUACAUCUCACAAAUAUAAAAUAUCUAAUAACAUAUUUAGAUUAAUUUUAAAAUAAAUAAUUUUAGUAAUUUUCAAGGGCUAAUUAACACGAAAACCUAACAGAAUGGUUACUUUUAAAAAUUGUACACUGGUUUGGAAAAUAAUUAGUGUUUUUUCUUUUCGAAAUUGCAUAUUCAAUUAAGUAUUAAUGUCAAAGUUGGUCGAAUAUUAGUUUGUAUUAUUUACUCUCUUACAUUGCCUUUACAUAAAAAGUAUAUAGAAAAAUUGUUUAAUUGUAAUUUAAAAUAGGUAUUGAAAAAUUCUGUUUUCUAUUUAUUUAUAUAAUGAGGUACUUAGAUAAGUCUCUAAUUAUUAUAUUUUCCACAUUCAGCUUAUUUUUAUGAAUUCGUGUCCUAACACCCAAUACUUAUUUCGACGAACAGAUAGGUAAAGUACGUGCUGUUAAUUUUUCGUCGGAAAUUGUUUACUACCUAGGUAACCACUUUUUUGACGAAAAUUUAUCGCAGGAUAUUGUGUUUAGUCUUCCAGCAUAUCUGUUACCUAUAAGCACAGAAAAUAUUUUGUUAUCGAAUACCUGUUAAGCAAUAUUAUAAAAUACGAACCCUUGUUGUAUACUUGGAGUUACAGAUUAAAGAAUAGCAGAGUAUUAGCAGCAGAGGUAGUGCGCACGGAACACGACAGUGUCGUAGCCGUUCCUAAUACUAAAUGCAAAAACGAAUACAUUCUCGAGUCAGUAGGUACGACAUCUAGCGGCGCAUUAGUAAUUUUCAAUAUACAAGAAUUAUUUCUUGUAUAUUGGCGUCUUGUGUUUUUAAAUAUAUUAAAAACUGUUCACGAAAACUAAAGAAAUAAGAUGGAGUAUUUUUUUAUUGGUAAUUAUAGAUUAUUAUUAUAUUAAUUUACGUAAUUGUCGUUAGUGUUAAAUUUUGAAAUACAAAUUAUGAAAAGUUUGUAUUUAAGCGGAUAUCAAAGAGACGCGUGACGUUUGUUUUACGGGUUUCACCGGCUUCACCACGCUUCUUGUAAAGACUGGACAUCAUUAUUCUGUGCUUGGAGUAUAUUGUUUUUUUUUUGUAACCAGUAGCAUUAAGUUAUAAAAACUCAAGUCGAAUAGCCUUGUGAGCCAAACGAUACGGUUAACAAGUGGUUAACAAAUACCUACUUAUUAUAUGUAUAAUAUAUUGAGAAUGCUUAAAAUAUAUUUUUUUUCUCUGAUAUAA